CCGCGUCCUGGGAUGGCUUUGCCUUACGGGUCUUCACUCCCUUGCAGGCGUGGUUUGUGCCCACCUGUUGGCUCUCGCUCUGUUCACAGGACACUUACGUGGAACCUGCCUCCUCACUGUCUUCAGCCCCCUUACUUACGGCCGUGCCAGCCGCCCUGCUGCACAGCCAGAGGCCCUGAAGCUGCAGCUGUCGGGACCCUGACCCCCGGAGGACUGGCUGCCAGUGUGUACAGUAGCGCGCCACAGGGCUUUGGUGCCCGACUUGCAGGCAGCAGCAGAGCUGUCAUCAGCAAAGCAAAAGUGGGGAAAUAAUUUGUCUUCUAAUUUGCUGAGGCAUAUUGUAAAGAAAAAUGAGGUGGCUGUGGAAAGUGUUUUGGGAGCCUUGGAAGAAAGGAGUGCUAUAUACAUUCACGGUCGUACAGUGAUUAUUAAACGACCCCAGACGGAGAUGAAGAACAUAAAUUUUCAAGGAAUGAUCAAGAAAACAUCAAUAUGUAACCAUCCAUUAGUUCAUCGCUUAAUGGAUGCAGAAGCUCAAAAAGAGAACAGAGGAGGUGAUGACAAGAAAGUGGUCGCAGAGAUCAUGGCAAGAUGUUUUGUUCCAGCUUCUAUAACAGCCCCCUCCUGGGAGGGAUUCCACUUUGCUGGUCAGGAGAUCCGGAUCAGGGAGGCCAUGGAUUGUUACGGUGCUGUUGUUUGGCCAUCGGCCCUUGUUCUAUGCUAUUUUCUGGAAACAAACGUAAAGCAAUAUAAUAUGGUCGACAAAAAUGUGAUUGAAAUUGGAGCUGGAACAGGACUGGUCUCCAUCGUGGCGAGCCUACUCGGGGCACACGUGACUGCCACAGAUUUACCCGAGUUACUUGGAAACCUGCAAUAUAAUAUUUCCCGAAACACCAAAAUGAAAUGUAAGCACUUGCCUCAGGUUAAGGAGCUCUCCUGGGGCGUCGCCUUAGACAAGAACUUCCCCAGGUCUUCCAGCAACUUCGACUACAUCCUGGCGGCCGACGUUGUCUACGCGCACCCUUUCCUGGAAGAACUCCUCAUUACCUUUGACCAUCUGUGCAAAGAAACCACUGUCAUCCUCUGGGUCAUGAAAUUCAGAUAUUUCACAUAGAGUUUCUCACUGAAUGCCUCUAAUACCCUAGAGGUAUUAGUCCAUUUUACACACGAAGAAACUGAGGCUCAGUGAGAGAAAGCGGCUUCUCUGAGAUCACGCACCUGUCGGUUGGGAGCCUCUGUUUCUAUGGCACCAAAACUCGUGAUCUUUUCAAGUACUACCCUGUGUCCAUUUUCCACUCUGAGCCCUGCAAGACAAAAUCCUGAAUUUGAGUUUAUUCUAGCUAAUUCAGAGCAAUCUAGUUUAGUGAAUAUUGUCUUUAUUGGCCUCCAGAGCACAAAUGGGAGGUGCACCUGCAUUGUGAACGCCUUUUCAUAGAUCACGCAGUGAGUGUGUAUAAAUGUAUGUACACACCCAGCAAAGACUUAACAUUUUUCUUUGCAAGGAAUAGUGAACAAAAGUUAGAUUGAUUAAUUUAAAGCUCUGCAGUGAUCUUGAAACAGCUCAGGCGGAAUGAAGUGGAGCCAGUGGAUGCCCUCAGAUGACUUUUCAGCAGGAAAGGCCAAGGGGGCGGGGCUGAACUUUAAAGCAUCAUCCGAUCUGCCCGGGAUGCUGGUGUUUACAGGGCUGUUGCUAGGUGGUGGCGCUCACUGCAUCAGCACGGACCUAAGCCGUGGGGUGAUGUGAGCACUCGGGUUCUAGGAAACCACCCUUCAGCAACCUUUCAAGGCGAGGGCAGACCUGACUCAGGCAGCGUGGCCUUCGGAAGCGCACGCAGAGGCACAGGGACCGGGCCGGGGGGACGGGGAGGACACCAGGGGCGCCGCAGCAAAGUGCUUGGCCAAGUGGAAACGGCCUUUGGUGUCUGUCAGCCCGAGGUUCAUCCGAUGACAGUCACCUCGGUUCCGGGAGGUCGAUAGGCCGAGUAAGCCUCACGCCCUGGCGGGAGGCCUGGACCAAUGACGGGAUGUAAGGCGAUGCGGGCGGGGCGGCCGGGGACGUCAGGACCGGGCAGCUGUCGGGGCGCCCGGCUCGGAGGACCCUGCCCGUCGCCGCUGGGAGCGACGUGGGCCGGGACACGGAAUGUUCCAGAACCGAGAGGAGGGAGAACGCUGUCGCCAAGGCUGCUGGCAGGACGUGGCCACCCAGGGUGGGGGUGGGGGGCACAACUUCAAAGGCAGGAUGCUGGGAGUGGAAACUCUAGGGGGGAAACCUCAAGGUUACUGAGGAAAAGGAAUGGCAGGGUAAGUUUCUCCCCAGAGGCCCUUUAUUUACCGCACAUACUCCUGGUUGGUGUUCACACGGACCAGCAGAGACCCAGCCCGCUGGCUGACAUCCCUCUGGGCAGCGGACGCAACGCGGAGCCUGAGAACGCAGGAAGCCGAAGUCAGCAUCUGAGGAAACUUCAGCCCAAACGAAAAGCCUGCUCCGAUUCUGUCUUACGCUUCCACCAACGAGGUGAAGAGCUAAGUAAGGCUUUGGAUACCGGUCCCUCAAAGCUCCUGGAAUAAACCCCGAGUCUGAGAUUACCAAAGAUCGCCACUGGGAGGCCCCAGUGAUCUGUGAAAUGAGCUUUCCCAUCAGAGUAAAUAAGUGAAAAGAAAAGAAAAGAUUUAAACAAGUGAACUGAAUUAUGAAAGAUUAUAUGCAAAUGCCUCAAAAGCGGUAAGGGGUAAAUACACAACAGUAUAAUGUGAUAAAUAUGUGGUGCUGUCCUCCUUCACUGGGGAUUGUUGAAAUUCCGCCCCUGCCUCAGCGCCGUGCACACGUAAUGAAAUAAACUCUCCACGAAAACAGAA